AUGAGCUUGGAGAAGUGCCAAAAUAUAACAUCUUUGGAUCUCAAUCUCUAGAAUAAUAACGUUGGUGCAGAUGGAGCUAAGAACAUUGGAAUGAGCUUGGAGAAGUGCCAAAAUAUAACAUCUUUGGAUCUCAAUCUCUAGAAUAAUAACCUUGGUGCAGAUGCAGUUAAGAACAUUGGAAUGAGCUUGGAGAAGUGCCAAAAUAUAGCAUCUUUGAAUCUCUAUCUAUGGAAUAAUAACCUUGGUGCAGAUGCAGUUAAGAACAUUCGAAUGAGCUUGGAGAAGUGCCAAAAUAUAGCAUCUUUGAAUCUCAAUCUAUGGUAAUUUAACUAACUAUCAAUUUACUUAGUUUGUUUUAAUUAAUACAUUUGUGAAAUAGAAACUUAAAACAAAUGGGUUUGGAGAAUUAAUUGA